AUUGUAUUCUGCAAUUUCUACGUAGCUUGAACUUUCGGAACUAUCUACACUGUAGUCCAGUAAUACUGGCAUCGCCAGUACAGUAUUCUGUUGCAUGCAGUAUUGUGGAUUGUACGAAUUUGUUGCCUUCUCAGUCCGGCGGUGGGAGUAGCUUGGAAAUACACGUCCCAGUAUGUUCAAGAAAAGAGACAAGAAAGCUAAUUUGAGACGAACCCAAGAUGAUGACGAAGAUAAAGCCGGUGGAGCUGCUGACGAUGACAAUGGCGAAGUGGGACUGGCAAUACAGACGCCCAUGAGCACACAGAAAAAGAAGCGCAAAGGGCCCGCCAGUGCUGAGAAAAAGUCCACUGUUCUCAGUUUUGGUGAUGAGGAGGAGGAGGAUGGUGAGGGUGAUUCCUUUCAAAUUAAACGCUCAGCGCAUAGUCGCAAGGCCAUUCAGCAAUUUAAAUCGAAGGGUAAACGUCAACAGCCUGAUUCCAACACCAACACACAGUUAUCAGCCAAGGGAUUGUACACCAAGGAAGCCCUGGAUGAAUUACGGGCAGCGCAGGCACAGUCCUCGCAGCCAUCCAGCAAUGGGUCUCCCCGUGUCGCCGAGACAAGUGCCGUGCCAACACAGGAUGAGCCGACCGAAGAGGAGCGCCAUGCCGAAGCGCUUAAGUAUGCCGUGGACUCUGCGCUCAAGUCCACGGAGCAGGGCGGUGCAGUCCCGAGUGCCGAGCUCAUCCACCUUGCACGGAAAAAGCGUGAACGAGCACGCCAGACUGCCGAGUUUCUGCCGCUGGAUGAUACAGUACGCGCCGGCAGCAACGGAAAGCAGUCACGUAUGGUGAGAGAUGACGACAACGAUCGCAGUGACGGUGAUGAUGGUUUUGAGCAUCUGAACUUCUCUGACGUGUCACGCAAGGCAGCACAGCGGCAGCAUCGCACAGAAAUGGAGGCGGCCAUCACAGGGUAUUCAAAUCAGGACGCCGCUGUGAGUAAGACGGCUGGAGAGGAGGCAAUGCAUGACGACAACGAUGACGACGACGACGACGGUGAUGCUGCCAUACGCAGGUGGGAAGAGCAGCAGAUGAGCAGCGCUGCAUCGGCACGAUCCCUGGGCACGGCUGCACGCGUCUUAGAAAUGCAGAACAGAAUGGAAGGCCUGGACUCGAACGCUUACGGGCCUAGUCGCUACGGAGCUGCUGCACGUGCGUCGGGCACGAGUGCAGGGAGGUUUGGGACUGUGCCUGCGACUCCCGUCGCUGCACAUUCACCACUGCCUGCACAAUCCGUGUCCUCAGUAAAGCAGCUGCCGCCUAUCCUCUCCAGUGUCACGUCCUCGUCGGUUCUGUCAACUCUGAUGGCAAAGCAAAGCGCUCUCAGUGAAAUCACCACGUCACAUGAAGGACAGAUGUCGCGCACCACCGAAGAACUUCAUCUUUCCGAGAAGGCAGCGGAGUCGUUGGAGCGACAGCUUGCCGAUACGUCCGACAAGUACAAUUUUUUCCAAGAAAGCGAUGGCUAUGUGGCAGACUUAUUGACGUCAUUAGAUGAAAAGGUGAACACGCUCAGUUUGUUGGAGGACCGCUUCAACAGAACGUGGCAAGAGCUGUCCAAGUAUCUGCUGGACCGGCGGAAGCAAGAUCUUGCUGACGAGGCCAAGGAGAAUGACCAGAAUGGUAAGAUGUUUGUCAUGGAGCCGGCACAUCGCCAGAGAGUUGCGGAGCGAGACGCACGCAGAAAUCGCAGGCGCCAGCACAGGAAAUCGUCCGGAAUGCUGACGCAUGACGACGGCCUCUCAUCCGAUGACGAGCUCACGGAAAUGGAGAAGGUCAAAUGCUCAACGGAAAAAGAGUCCAUCGGGGUGGAGGCGCAGAAGCUGUUCGAAGACGUUCCCGAUCAGUUCUGCGAUGUGUCGCUCAUUGGGCAGAGAUUUGAAAUGUGGAAGUUGGCGUACCGGUCUACAUACGACGAAGCGUAUACCCCCCUUUGCCUAAGCAAACUGUUUGCACCGUUUGUUCGCUUGGAGACGUUAUUAUGGAAUCCUCUGGAGGCGGGCCAGGCAAGCGUAGAAGACAUGGCUUGGUUCAAGAAACUGAUGCUGUAUUCUGCCGGUGGUGAUGGCCAAUCGCAGCCGGAUAUUGAGGACGACGAUACGUUCCUCAUUCCCAACCUGGUGGAGAAGGUAAUUAUAACCAAGCUUAGAGAGUUUGUUCGCCAUGGCUGGGACCCGCUCUCAUCCAGUCAGACAGCUAACCUAGUAGCCAUAGUCAAGAAGCUUUUACUGAGUUAUCCGUCAGUGCAUGCUGCCAGCAGACACACAGAGGAGCUGGUGCAGAGCAUCUGUGACAGGCUGAAGAUGUCUGUUGAUGUCGAUCCCUACAUACCACUCUAUUCCAAGAAUGUAAUGGAGAGUCAGCAAUCAGCACCGGUGAUGUUCUUCCAUCGACAGUACUGGUCAUGCUUCAAGCUGUUGCUGAAUGUUCUACAAUGGCACGGCAUACUGUCCAGUGGUAAACUGCAGCAGCUUUGCUUGGACGGUCUGAUCAAUCGCUACCUGCUACGUGCCAUCCAGCACUUCUCACAGCCGUUUGCCUGUGUCGACAGAUGUGCCAAGCUCGUCAAUGCCUUGCCAGAAAGCUGGUUUGCUGGCAAGAAGAAGCACGCUUCUCUGGACGGUCUAGUCAUGCUGAUGUCGUCCAAACUGCCAACCAUGCUCUACCACGCGUCUCUUGGUGCGCCGGACAUGGAGCGCAAGAAAGCAAGGACUGCAUGCCAGACGCUGGAGGGACUGCUUCGUCGGAUCGGCCGUACCAAGGACACAGCGGGUAUGCUUGACCAAUUCUCCUAGGUUCAUGCCCUCGCACAGCGUGUACAUGUAAUUAUGUGUCUGUCCAGUUGCACCAUUAGUACAGUGUAACUUGUAACAGUUGACUUGUCUGUUGAGUGCAGUGCCGCGCAAACAUUUGAAAGUAAACGUCUUGUACAUAGUAUCUGUUGAGAAUAGUGUUUCACGCAUUGUACAUAAUUAUACAAGUGUAUCUCUGGAUCAGCCGUAUUUGUAUUCUGUACGUACAUGUACCAUACAUACAUACAUACACCCAUACAUACAUACAUACAUACAUACAUACAUACAUACAUACAUACAUACAUACAUACAUACAUACAGUCAUACUCUCCUGCAUGUACGUGUUAGCUCUUACUGUGAGCUUGCUAUGCUUUGCGUAUGCUGGUUCUCUGAAUGCUUAUUGGUAUGCAAUCACUUUCUCUCCCAUUUGCUAAAUUUAAAUAAUUGUUCAUUCCUCUGGCUGUCUGGAGGGUGUUUUAUUAAAACCUUUUGAUCUUCUGUUCGAGGUGAAUAGCAAUUUCUGGACAUGAAAAUAAAAUAGAGCCCCACUGGCUGUGUGUUUUACAUUUUUCAUAUCUUUUUGUAUCUUUUGAAUGGCCUAGUGUAAUCCUUCAUCUUUCCAAAUAUGUGACAUUUGCUCAUGCUGUGAUCCCAGAGACUUUAUAGCAGGACGUUUUCGACAGGCCAAUUUUUUGCCCUAAAUUUCAGUGUAUGGUAUUCUGGACAUGAAAGUAAAAUAGCGUCAAUAGGCA